CCAGUAAGGUCACAGAACAACGAAGCACAGCUCUCUUUUACAGCCUCCUAGUUGUCGUGGUCCUCGCUUUCUUUUCUUCUCAAACAUCUUUCAACCUUAAAUCCGUGUUUAUAUAUCGGAUUCAGUUCUGUUUCUUCGAUCGGCCCAUCUCCGUUGAAGACGAUUUUACAACUGCAAUUCUUCGAUCGUGAAAGCGAACACAGAACGAUCAGAUUGGCAUUCUUUUUUUCUUCUAUGGUUCUCAGAUAUUCAAAUUUUGUUUGCUUCUUAAACGAAAUUAGGGUUUGUUAGGGCGAUCGGAGGAACCCUAAUCCCCUGCACGAGUGCGUAGAACUGGGGGCGAAUCAGUCUCGGUCUCACCUGACCCCGGCGGGAGCCGGCGCGGGACUCUGGUUCUUUUUCCGUUCCAAUAAUGCCCCUCCUUCUCACACCCUCCGGUACCUACCUCAAAUCGACACCGUGACUCACCAUACUGCUCCCAAUCCCCUCCAAACCUCCAUGGAACCCUCCGCAGUUUCUUCUAGUUCUGCACCAACUCCUCUCGAGGAGCCAGAGUACCUCGCCCGUUACCUCGUCAUCAAGCACUCGUGGCGCGGCCGUUACAAGAGAAUCUUAUGUAUAUCGAGCUUCUCCAUUAUCACCUUGGACCCCAAUACCCUCGCUGUCACCAAUUCAUAUGACGUGGCCAGUGAUUUUGAGGGUGCCACGCCGAUCAUUGGCCGGGAUGAUAAUUCUAAUGAGUUCAAUGUGAACUUAAGAACCGAUGGGAAAGGGAAAUUCAAGGGAAUAAAGUUUUCGUCUCGAUAUCGGGCUAGAAUUUUGACGGAGUUGCAUAGGAUUCGAUGGAAUCGGCUGGCCGCGGUGGCUGAGUUCCCGGUGCUGCAUCUACGGCGGAGGACUGGGGACUGGGUUCCUUACAAAUUGAAAGUGACUUAUGUUGGUGUUGAACUCCUUGAUCUGAAAUCCGGAGACCUUUGCUGGUGUUUGGACUUUAGAGACAUGUAUUCACCUGCCAUCAUUCUCCUCGCUGAUCUUUAUGGGAAGAAGACUAGUGAUUAUGGAGGUUUUGUUCUUUGCCCUUUAUAUGGAAGAAAAUCAAAAGCUUUUCAAGCUGCUUCAGGGACCACAAAUUCUGCUAUAGUAUCAAAUUUGACAAAAACUGCAAAGUCCAUGGUUGGCAUAUUUUUAUCUGUGGACAGUUCUCAAUCCCUUACUGCGGCUGAGUACAUAAAGCGAAGAGCAAAAGAGGGAGUUGGUGCAGACGAAACUCCUUCUGGGGGUUGGUCUGUGACAAGAUUGCGAUCUGCUGCUCAUGGAACUCUAAAUGUCCCUGGGUUAAGUUUGGGAGUUGGGCCAAAAGGGGGACUUGGAGAGCAUGGUGAUGCUGUAUCGCGUCAACUUAUUCUUACUAAGGUUUCACUUGUCGAAAGGCGUCCAGAAAACUAUGAAGCUGUUACUGUUCGUCCUUUAUCUGCAGUAAGUUCGCUUGUCCGAUUUGCAGAGGAGCCUCAGAUGUUUGCCAUCGAAUUCAAUGAUGGAUGCCCAAUUCAUGUUUAUGUCAGCACUUCUCGCGAUAGCUUACUUGCAGCAGUUCGUGAUGCAAUGCAAACAGAAGUUCAGUGCCCAGUACCUGUAUUACCUAGGCUUACGAUGCCUGGACAUCGUAUUGAUCCACCUUGUGGAAGAGUAUUUUUACUAGAUGGACCUCAACGUGCUGUUGCUGAUAUGGAAAGUGCAUCCAUGCAUUUGAAACACCUAGCUGCAGCUGCCAAAGAUGCUCUUGCUGAAGGUGGUUCUAUACCUGGUUCAAGAGCUAAGCUGUGGCGUAGAAUAAGGGAGUUUAAUGCUUGUAUUCCCUUUAGUGGAGUCCCUCCUAAUAUUGAAGUUCCCGAAGUAACUUUCAUGGCCUUGAUUACCAUGCUUCCUGCUACUCCAAAUCUUCCUCCGGAGUCCCCUCCCCUGCCACCUCCCUCGCCUAAAGCUGCUGCAACAGUGAUGGGUUUUGUUGCAUGUUUGCGUAGAUUGUUGGCUUCAAGAAGUGCAGCAUCACAUGUGAUGUCUUUUCCUGCUGCUGUUGGAAGAAUUAUGGGUUUGCUUAGAAAUGGUUCAGAGGGUGUAGCAGCUGAAUCAGCAGGGCUUAUUUCAGUACUAAUUGGUGGUGGUCCCGGUGAUACAAAUUUAGUGACAGAUUCAAAAGGAGAUCGACAUGCUACAAUCAUGCACACAAAGUCUGUGUUGUUUGCCCAACAUGGCUAUCUAACUAUCCUUGUCAACCGGCUCAAACCUAUGUCUGUCUCGCCUUUAUUGUCCAUGGCGGUGGUUGAAGUUCUUGAGGCUAUGAUCUGUGAACCACAUGGUGAAACUACUCAAUACACGGUCUUUGUUGAAUUGUUACGCCAAGUAGCUGGUUUCCGGCGUCGCUUAUUUGCAUUGUUUGGGCAUCCUGCUGAGAGUGUUCGUGAGACAGUUGCUGUGAUUAUGCGUACAAUUGCUGAAGAAGAUGCAAUUGCAGCAGAGUCCAUGCGUGAUGCUGCUUUGCGAGAUGGGGCUUUGCUGAGGCAUUUAUUGCAUGCACUUUUUCUUCCUACUGGUGACCGGCGUGAGAUUAGUCGACAUCUUGUUGCUCUUUGGGCGGAUUCCUAUCAACCAGCUUUAGAUUUAUUGUCUAGAAUUCUGCCUCCUGGCCUUGUUGCUUAUUUGCAUACACGCUCAGAUGGAGUGCAACCUGAAGAUGCAAAUCAAGAAGGAUCAUCAACCAAUAGAAGAUGGAGACGUUUACUUCAGCAGAGGAAGAAUCGUGCCGGAAGAGGAAUUACAUCUCAAGAUAAUUCUUUACCUUCUAUUAAUAAUUCUGAUGUUGGUGAUCCUAUGAGGCACCCAGGCACUCUUAGAGGAUCAGAUAGCUAUCAGCGAUCUGCUCUUGAUCCAAAUCCUGCACAGUCCUCGACUGUUCAAUCUUCUGCUCAGACUGAGACUUUGACCAGUGAGGUGUCCCCUAGUGGGACCUUACAAAAUGGCCAUUUGCCUGUCAUUGCUUCCGCUGAUGCACCAUCAGCAAAUUUUCACGCUGCAUCAGACCAAAAUGCCUCAUAUUCAUCUGAUACAGAUGCUCAUGUAUCAGGUUUUCAAGACAAUGGCCUUCCAGCUCCUGCUCAGGUUGUUGUGGAGAGCACACCUGUGGGUUCUGGUCGGUUACUUUGUAAUUGGCAUGAAUUUUGGCGAGCUUUUAGCAUUGAUCACAACCGUGCGGACUUAAUCUGGAAUGAGCGUACUAGGCAAGAGUUGAGGGAGGCUUUGCAGGCUGAAGUUCAUAAACUAGAUGUUGAGAAGGAGCGUACUGAAGAUAUUUUCCCUGGAGGUGCUUCAGUAGAGAUUAUGACUGGGCAAGAUAGCAUGCCUCAGAUAUCUUGGAACUAUUCUGAAUUCGGUGUUAGGUACCCUAGCUUAUCCAAAGAAGUUUGUGUGGGUCAAUACUAUCUGCGUUUGUUACUAGAAAGUGGCAGCGGUGGCCGAGCCCAGGAUUUUCCAUUGCGUGAUCCAGUGGCUUUCUUUAGAGCACUCUAUCAUCGGUUCUUAUGUGAUGCAGACAUAGGACUGACUGUAGAUGGUGCUGUACCCGAUGAGUUGGGUGCAUCUGAUGACUGGUGUGACAUGGGAAGAUUAGAUGGUUUUGGAGGUGGCGGUGGAUUUUCAGUUAGGGAGCUUUGCGCAAGGGCAAUGGCAAUUGUAUACGACCAGCAUCACAAAACAAUAGGGCCUUUUGAGGGUGCUGCCCAUAUUACGGUUCUCUUGGAUAGGACAGAUGACAGAGCACUAAGGCACCGCCUGCUCCUCCUUUUAAAGGUUCUAAUGAGGGUUUUAUCUAAUGUGGAGGCAUGUGUAUUGGUCGGAGGGUGUGUUUUAGCCGUUGAUCUUCUGACAGUGGCUCAUGAAGCGUCAGAAAGGAUCGCGAUUCCUUUGCAAUCUAAUUUGAUAGCCGCUACUGCUUUCAUGGAGCCACUCAAGGAAUGGAUGUUUGUUGAUAAGGAAGGUGUACAAAUUGGACCAGUGGAGAAGGAUGCUAUCAGAAGGUUCUGGUCAAAGAAGGAUAUUGAUUGGACAACAAGAUGUUGGGCCUCUGGAAUGUCAGAUUGGAAAAGAUUGCGAGAUAUACGUGAGCUUCGCUGGGCACUUGCUGUUCGGGUUCCUGUUCUCACAUCAUCUCAGGUUGGGGAUUCAGCACUGUCAAUAUUACACAGCAUGGUGUCUGCACAUUCGGACAUAGAUGAUGCUGGGGAAAUAGUUACUCCAACCCCAAGGGUAAAACGAAUUUUGUCAAGUCCCCGUUGCCUUCCGCAUAUUGCCCAGGCCAUGCUUUCUGGGGAACCUAGUAUUGUGGAGUCCGCAGCGGGACUGCUGAAGGCUGUCGUGACAAGAAACCCCAAAGCCAUGAUACGUCUGUACAGCACGGGUGCAUUCUAUUUUGCCCUGGCAUACCCUGGAUCUAAUCUCCUUACAAUUGCACAACUCUUUGCAGUAACACAUGUACAUCAAGCGUUUCAUGGUGGUGAAGAAGCUGCAGUUUCUUCAUCUCUGUCACUUGCAAAACGUAGUGUAUUGGGUGGGCUUCUUCCUGAAUCAUUGCUUUACGUAUUGGAACGCAGUGGUCCAGCUGCAUUUUCAGCAGCAAUGGUAUCUGAUUCUGAUACUCCCGAGAUUAUUUGGACACACAAAAUGCGAGCUGAAAAUCUGAUUCGUCAGGUUUUACAGCAUCUUGGUGAUUUCCCCCAAAAAUUGUCACAGCACUGCCAUUCUUUGUAUGAGUACGCACCUAUGCCGCCAGUGACAUACCCUGAACUAAGAGAUGAAAUGUGGUGUCACCGCUACUACCUUCGAAACUUAUGUGAUGAGAUUAGGUUUCCAAAUUGGUCGAUUGUUGAACAUGUUGAGUUCUUGCAAUCUUUACUAGCAAUGUGGCGUGAAGAGUUGACCCGCAGGCCAAUGGAUCUUUCUGAAGAAGAAGCUUGCAAAAUACUUGAGAUAUCACCUGAAGAUGUGUCAAAAGAUGAUGCAAACAACUCGAAUUCUCUUGACGCAGCUGGGGACAUGAAUAGCAUAUCAAAGCAGAUUGAGAACAUUGAUGAAGAAAAACUCAAGCGACAGUAUAGAAAACUUGCAAUGAAAUACCACCCAGACAAAAAUCCUGAAGGGAGGGAAAAGUUUCUUGCUGUACAGAAAGCUUAUGAACGACUUCAGGCAACAAUGCAAGGCUUGCAAGGUCCUCAACCGUGGAGGCUAUUGCUUUUGUUGAAAGGACAGUGUAUAUUAUACAGACGAUACGGAGACGUAUUAGAGCCUUUUAAAUAUGCUGGUUAUCCAAUGUUGCUGAAUGCAAUCACAGUAGAAAAGGAUGACAAUAAUUUUCUUUCAUCUGAUAGGGCACCUCUUCUUGUUGCAGCAUCUGAACUUACUUGGCUGACGUGUGCAUCUUCUUCAUUAAACGGUGAAGAGCUUGUGAGGGAUGGUGGGAUACAACUUCUGGCAACUCUUCUUUCCCGUUGCAUGUGCGUAGUUCAGCCGACUACCCCCUCCAGUGAACCAUCGGCGAUUAUUGUUACUAAUGUGAUGCGGACAUAUUCUGCUUUGAGUCAGUUCGAAAGUGCAAGGGCUGAAAUCCUUCAAAUUUCUGGAUUAGUUGAGGACAUUGUGCACUGUACUGAACUUGAGCUUGUGCCAGCAGCUAUUGAUGCUGCACUCCAGACCAUAGCCUGUGUUUCUGUAUCCCCUGAAUUGCAGGAUGCCUUAUUAGGGGCCGGUGUGCUGUGGUACCUGUUGCCCUUGUUACUUCAGUAUGACUCAACUGCAGAGGAAUCUGGUACGACAGAAUCACAUGGUGUUGGUGUUAGCGUUCAAAUUGCAAAAAAUAUGCAUGCCGUUCAGGCAUCUCUAGCCUUGUCAAGGCUUAGUGGUUUAUGUGCUGAUGAGAGCUCUACACCUUGUAAUGCACCAGCAGCUGAUGCCCUUAAAGCUUUGCUAACUCCUAAGCUUGCCACGAUGUUGAAAGAUCAAGUCCCAAAAGACCUACUUUCCAAAUUAAACUCAAACUUGGAGUCUCCAGAGAUUAUCUGGAAUUCAUCAACGCGGGCGGAGCUACUGAAAUUUGUGGAUCAGCAACGUGCAAGCCAUAGUCCUGAUGGGUCAUAUGACUUGAAUGAUUCACGUGCCUUCAUAUACAAGGCUUUAUCAAAAGAACUGUUUGUUGGUAAUGUUUACUUAAGGGUCUAUAAUGAUCAGCCGGAAUUUGAGAUCAGUGAUCCAGGAGCUUUCUGCGUUGCUCUGAUUGAUUUUGUAGCAUGUCUAGUGCACAAUCAAUAUCCCACAGAUUUUCUGAAUAGAUAUAAUGUUAGCAGCUCAUCCAAUGAUACACCUGAGCAGCAAGGGAAUGCUGCUGAUACAUCGGUUCAAAGUGAUACUGCUGAUGAAUCAGUUGAUGGACAGCAUAAAGAUGAUGAUACUUCUCCAUCGCAUGACGGAAAACCAACAGAGAAGGAAGAAUUGGAACUUGUUAAGAAUCUUCAAUUUGGACUGACCUCAUUAAAGAACUUAUUGACUAGCAAUCCAAAUCUGGCAUCCAUAUUUUCAACUAAAGAGAAGCUACUGCCUCUUUUUGAAUGCUUUUCUGUGCAUGUUGCUUCAAAAAGCAAUAUUCCUCAACUUUGCCUUAAUGUGCUGUCUCUCUUGACUGCAUAUGCUCCCUGUUUAGAGGCAAUGGUUGCAGACGGAUCUAGUCUUCUCCUUCUAUUACAGAUGUUACACUCUUCCCCAGGCUGCCGUGAAGGGGUUCUUCAUGUACUUUAUGCCUUGGCAAGCACUCCAGAACUUACUUGGGCGGCUGCCAAGCAUGGUGGAGUGGUGUACAUUCUUGAGCUUCUACUGCCUUUGCAACAUGAAAUACCCUUGCAGCAAAGAGCAGCAGCAGCUUCAUUAUUGGGAAAACUUGUUGGGCAGCCAAUGCACGGGCCAAGAGUUGCUAUUACACUAGCAAGGUUUCUUCCAGACGGCCUGAUAUCUGUCAUUAGGGAUGGUCCUGGUGAGGCUGUUGUGUCUGCACUUGAACAGACUACAGAGACACCAGAACUUGUGUGGACACUAGCGAUGGCUGCUUCUUUGUCUGCACAAAUUGCAACCAUGGCAUCAGAUCUUUACCGUGAGCAGAUGAAAGGUCGUGUUGUUGACUGGGAUGUACCUGAGCAAGACCCUAGACAACAGGAAAUGAAAGAUGAGCCGCAGGUUGGUGGAAUUUAUGUCAGGUUGUUUCUAAAAGAUCCCAAAUUUCCUCUUAGGAACCCAAAGAGAUUUUUGGAAGGACUACUGGAUCAGUAUUUGUCAUCCAUUGCUGCCACACAUUACGAAACAAAGGCUGUUGACCCUGAGCUUCCUUUACUUCUAUCUGCUGCUUUAGUUUCAUUAUUGCGAGUACACCCUACACUUGCUGAUCAUGUUGGAUAUCUUGGAUAUGUGCCCAAACUCGUAGCUGCUGUGGCCUAUGAGGGUAGAAGAGAAACAAUGGCAUCAGAGGAGAUUAGUAAUGGAAACUGUAGUGAUAAAACAUUUGAAUCUGUUGAUGGAUCAACACAGCCUGGACAAACUCCACAAGAACGUGUGCGGCUUAGUUGUUUGCGUGUCUUGCAUCAACUUGCUGCGAGCACUAUCUGUGCUGAAGCUAUGGCAGCAACUAGUGCUGGAACACCUCAGGUCGUUCCUCUUUUAAUGAAGGCUAUCGGAUGGCAAGGUGGAAGCAUUCUAGCUCUUGAGACACUAAAACGUGUUGUGGUUUCUGGAAAUCGAGCUAGGGAUGCACUUGUUGCGCAAGGGCUAAAGGUUGGUCUUGUUGAAGUACUUCUUGGCCUUCUUGACUGGAGAGCUGGGGGAAGGAGUGGACUCUGCUCUCAGAUGAAGUGGAAUGAAUCAGAAGCAUCCAUUGGCAGGGUGCUCGCUGUUGAGGUUCUGCAUGCAUUUUCAGCAGAGGGGGCACAUUGUACUAAAGUUCGUGACAUAUUAAAUGCCUCUGAUGUUUGGGGCGCUUACAAAGACCAGAAGCAUGACCUUUUCCUUCCAUCAAAUGCCCAGUCUGCGGCUGCUGGAGUUGCCGGCCUAAUUGAGAAUUCAUCUCAACUAACUUAUGCACUUACGGCUCCUCCACCACAAGCCACACAGGGGAGGUCACCUGCUUCAACCUUGACGGAGUCGAAUGGAAUGCAUUUCUGAGUGAGAAAAUUUCACUGUCUUGCCCUGGUAGCAGUGAAGUCCUACUGCUUAUGCAACUGUAUAGCUUUGUGUACAGUAUGAUUAUCAUUUUUUGCGGUUUUUUAUUGCAAAUACUCUAGUUUGACAACCAUAGUCGAGAUCUGCCAUUUUAGCAAGAAAAUUGAAGGAAAUUGUUUUCUUUUUUGCGUGUACAGAAACUCACGCCAUCUGUAUAUUGACUCAGUCGAUUAGUCCGUUGCCAAUUUGUUAUAAAUAGAUGAGCUUUUUUUGUGCGA